AUGUCUUGCAGUUGGUUCAUGAAAAGCAGGGAACAGAGUCAUUUGAUGGAACCAGAAUCUACACCUGGCGGGUCAGUUGAGGUUCUAGCGAUACAUCACAUUUCAUCAAACACUACUGUAGUCGGACCAAGUUCACCGCUUAUUCCAACGCCAACUCCUUCCACUUCAGUUCCAACAUGCUCUUCAGUUUCAACGCGCUUUUCAGUUCCAACGCGCUCUUCAGAUCCAACUUCCAGUUCAGUUCCAACUUCCAGUUCAGUUGCAACCAGCCCAGUGGCAUCAAGUUCUAAAUCUGUAAGUUUUUACUCUCCAAUAUUAUUAUGUGAGGGGGCGGAAGUGGAAGUGAAGACUGAUGAAAUCCGAAGUGAAAGUCAAGACACAUCCACUUUUCUUGACGCUACAAUGCCGAUAUUUGUUGAUACUCAGUCUCAAACUGAUCAGUGCUUCCUGUUGUGUACAUGUAUCAAGUGCAAAGAUAUAGUUCAAAAGUUUUCCACCUAUAUGUGUAAAGGCUAUGGAGAUGACUGUGUAUACAGCAAUGAAAAUGUUAAAGGAGCGAAAGACUUGAAUGGAAGUGGCCUUACAUUUAACACUUCCUUACAACAAGGAGACGACCAGUUAAUUCCCCUGUACAAAGGGUGUUCCACCAACAUUUCUGUUACCUGUAAAGGAAAAUUGAAAAUCCUCGACAAAGACCCAAACUCAACCGAUAGAGAUUACGUUUAUGCCAUUAUGGAUGAUCUGUUUGAACCAAGUGUCUUGGCUAAUAUGACGGCAGAAGGAAGAACUCCAGGGUCGACCAAAAUGGAUCCAAAGAUUAAAGACACUAUAUUGAUACCUCCAGAAUAAGUUCACGGGCGUUGACAAGUUAAGUGUUAAUGAAAGUAUUAAUGCCAAAUGUUAUUGCGAGAGGAGGAAAUUAUGGGGGGAA